CCUGGUUGAUUGAUGUAGGAAUGGUGCCUCUCCCGAGACAGGUGGAAUGUUUCACAGGCACAUGGUUUAUACAGCUCAAAAUAACUUGGGACCUGUGAGCUGACAAAUGCUCUGGCUCCGGUGGUGACAGGUUGUCCAGCUUCUUACAGCCAUCUUCACUGAAACUAAGGUUAACUCCUCACUCUCUAUGGACGGCUACUUUCUACUUCYAAGGGCGUGAAGAAUUUUCCUAUUCUCCUGUGCCUUCAUCUGAAAGUUCUCCUUGGAAAAUAAUCAUCGMGGUGGAGUGCCUGGGUUGGACAUCCCCAUCUGGGUCAACUAAAAAAAGAAAGCAUGCAAGACGACAGCAUAGAAGCUUCUACUUCCAUAUCUCAGCUUCUCAGAGAAAGCUAUUUAGCUGAAACCAGACAUCGGGGAAACAACGAGAGGAGUCGAGCAGAACCUUCCUCUAACCCUUUCCAUUUCGGCAGUCCUUCUGGGGCUGCUGAAGGAGCAGGAGGCCAAGAUGACCUUCCAGAUCUUUCAGCCUUUCUGAGCCAAGAAGAAUUAGAUGAAAGUGUCAAUUUGGCAAGAUUGGCAAUCAAUCAUGAUCCUUUGGAGAAAACAGAUGAAGCUCAAGCUAGAAAACGUUUAGCUUCUGAUCAGAUGAAACACCCACCUAAAUCAAGUUUUGAGCCUAACUUCUGUCAGGAUAACCCUCGAAGUCCUACCAGCUCUAAAGAGGACCCCCAGGAGGCAAAAAGGCCACAAUAUAGUUCUGAAACCCAGUCCAAAAAAGUAUUCCUAAAUAAGGCAGCCGAUUUCAUUGAGGAGCUUUCCUCCCUUUUCAAGGCCCAUAGCUCCAAGAGGAUUAGACCUCGUGCCUGCAAAAACCACAAGAGUAAACUGGAAUCUCAGAACAAAGUUAUGCAGGAAAACAGUCCCAGUUUCUCAGAUCUGUCAGAAAGACGAGAAAGAGCUUCUGUUCCCAUCCCUAUCCCUACAGAUACCAGGGAUAAYGAAGUGAAUCAUGCCCUUGAACAACAGGAAGCCAAGAGGCGUGAAGCUGAGCAGGCUGCCAGUGAGGCGUCUGGUGGAGACACCACCCCAGGGUCUUCGCCUUCAUCUUUGUACUAUGAAGAACCUCUGGGUCAACCUCCCCGGUUCACUCAAAAGUUACGAAGCAGAGAAGUUCCCGAAGGAUCCCGAGUACAGCUGGAUUGCAUAGUGGUAGGAAUUCCACCUCCUCAAGUAAGGUGGUACUGUGAAGGCAAGGAGCUUGAAAAUUCCCCAGACAUUCACAUCGUCCAGGAAGGAAAUCUGCAUUCGUUAACCAUUGCUGAAGCCUUUGAAGAGGACACAGGACGCUAUUCCUGCUUUGCUUCCAACAUCUAUGGGACAGAUUCAACUUCUGCUGAAAUUUAUAUAGAAGGAGUUUCUUCUUCUGAUUCAGAAGGGGACCCUAACAAGGAAGAGAUGAAUCGAAUCCAGAAGCCAAAUGAGGUGUCAUUACCUCCUACUACCUCUGCCGCCAUUCCUCCAGCAGUGCCCCAAGCUCAGCAUUUGGUGACCCAGCCCAGAGUGUCAACCAUCCAGCAGUGUCAGAGCCCUACCAACUAUUUGCAAGGAUUGGAUGGAAAACCUAUCAUUGCAGCUCCUGUGUUUACAAAGAUGCUACAAAAUUUGUCAGCCUCUGAGGGUCAGCUGGUUGUCUUUGAAUGCAGAGUAAAAGGAGCUCCAUCCCCUAAAGUUGAGUGGUACAGAGAAGGGACCUUGAUAGAAGAUUCUCCAGAUUUUAGGAUUUUACAGAAAAAACCUCGAUCCAUGGCAGAACCAGAGGAAAUUUGCACUUUGGUCAUUGCUGAAGUGUUUGCAGAAGACUCUGGCUGCUUCACAUGUACUGCAAGCAAUAAAUAUGGCACAGUGUCAAGCAUUGCACAGCUGGAUGUGAGAGGAAAUGAAGACCUCAGCAAUAAUGGGUCUCUUCACCCCGCCAACUCCACCACCAACCUGGCUGUUCUUGAUCAACAGCCAUCCCCACCCAACCCAGAGCCUCCUUCUGUGGAACAGGCCCCCAAGCCCAAACUAGAAGGGGUUCUGGUGAAUCAUAAUGAACCCCGGUCCAGCUCCAGGAUUGGGCUCCGUGUACACUUCAACCUGCCUGAAGAUGACAAAGGAAGCGAAGCAUCCUCUGAGGGUGGAGUUGCAACCACCAACCAGACCAGGCCCAAUUCCUUCCCGGAGAGAUUCAACGGACAGGCCACAAAAAUCCCAGAGCCUUCCUCACCCGUCAAAGAGCCCCCUCCAGUUCUGGCCAAACCCAAACUUGAUUCCACUCAGUUACAACAACUUCAUAACCAAGUCCUACUAGAACAACAACAUUUGCAAAACCCAUCUCCUUCAUCGCCUAAAGAGUUUCCGUUCAACAUGAGUGUUUUGAACUCCGUGGCUCCCCCGGCAGUGACCACCUCCAGCAAGCAGGUGAAGGCCCCUUCAUCACAGACAUUCAGCUUGGCCCGGCCGAAGCAUUUCUUCCCCUCUUCGAGUACCACCGCAGCCACUGUGUCCCCAUCCAGCUCUCCAGUGUUCACCUUGAGCAGCACUUCCCAACCCAUUCAGAGGACAGUGAGCAAAGAAAGCCUCUUACUUUCUCACCCCUCUGUGCAAACCAAAUCUCCAGGCUCCAUUUCCAUCUCAAAUGAGCCACCCCCUCCAGGUCCAGCAGAGCCAGCACCACCACCACUUGUGUUUUCCAUCCCUAGUGGAAACCAGUUUCAGCCUCACUGUGUGUCACCAACUCCUGUCUCUCCCACCAACCGGAUUCAGAACCCAGUGGCUUUCCUCAGCUCUGUUCUGCCAUCUCUCCCUGUCAUCCCACCCACCAAUGCCAUGGGACUACCUAAAAGUGCACCAUCCACGCCCUCCCAGGGAUUAAUGAAAAAAAAUACAAAGUCUCCUCAACCAAUGAGUGAUGAUUACAUUCGUGAAGCUAAGAAUGCAGUGAUUCUAGACUUGGGGAAAAAAAUGAGUUUCAGCGAUGUCAGAUCAAACCAGCAGGAGUACAAAAUUUCAAGCUUUGAACAGAGGCUGAUGAAUGAAAUAGAGUUUCGCUUGGAACGUACACCUGUUGAUGAAUCAGAUGAUGAAAUCCAACACGACGAGAUCCCCACGGGCAAGUGUAUUGCUCCCAUCUUUGACAAAAGACUCAAGCACUUCCGGGUUACAGAAGGCUCUCCAGUCACAUUCACCUGCAAAAUUGUUGGCAUACCUGUUCCAAAGGUUUACUGGUUCAAAGAUGGGAAGCAGAUUUCUAAGAGAAAUGAGCACUGCAAAAUGAGGCGAGAAGGAGAUGGGACGUGUUCUCUGCACAUUGAAUCCACCACCAGUGAUGACGAUGGCAACUACACCAUCAUGGCAGCCAACCCCCAGGGGAGAAUCAGCUGUUCUGGCCACUUGAUGGUACAGAGUUUGCCCAUUCGCAGUCGGCUAACCCCUGCGGGUCAGUCUCACAGGGGAAGGUCCCGAGUGCAAGAAAGAGACAAAGAGCCUCUACAGGAACGCUUUUUCCGACCACACUUUCUGCAGGCUCCUGGGGAUAUGGUAGCUCACGAGGGGCGCCUCUGUCGGCUGGACUGUAAGGUGAGUGGCUUACCGCCCCCAGAGCUGACGUGGCUGCUCAAUGGCCAACCUGUGCUACCAGAUGCCUCCCACAAGAUGCUGGUCAGGGAGACGGGAAUCCACUCUCUGCUCAUUGACCCACUCACCCAGCGGGAUGCGGGGACCUAUACGUGUGUGGCUACCAACAAAACUGGGCAGAAUUCUUUUAGUCUGGAGCUCACUGUAGUAGCAAAAGAAGUGAAGAAAGCACCUGUGAUCCUGGAGAAACUGCAAAAUAGCGGUGUUCCCGAGGGCCACCCAGUGAGACUGGAGUGCCGCGUGAUAGGCAUGCCCCCACCCGUGUUCUACUGGAAGAAAGACAAUGAGACCAUCCCUUCCACCAGAGAGAGGAUCAGCAUGCACCAGGACACAACAGGAUAUGUCUGCCUCCUCAUUCAGCCAGCCAAGAAAUCAGAUGCUGGAUGGUACACGCUGUCAGCCAAAAACGAAGCUGGCAUAGUGUCGUGCACUGCUAGGUUGGAUAUAUACGCUCAGUGGCACCAGCAGAUCCCAGCACCCAUGUCUAUYCGGCCCAGUGGCAGUCGCUACGGAUCUCUCACCAGUAAAGGACUUGACAUUUUUUCUGCCUUUUCCUCCAUGGAAAGCACAAUGGUGUAUUCACGCUCUUCUCGGAGUGUAGUGGAAAGUGAUGAACUUUAAGGAUGUCUGGGUGCCUGCUGUGUAAGGGGGCAGACUGUGGAGGGGGAAGUAAGGGCCAGUCACAGCAGUUUCUAAGCAUCAGGAUUUGAGUGAGUACCCAUGCUGUUGGACUUGUGGUAAGAAGUGCUUUGAAUAAGUUGGCUGGGGACUCUUGUAGUCUCAGAUGAGGAGGUCGCGGGAGCUGUGGGGCUGUGCCUUUUAAAGAUUCCAACAAAAAAGUGAGCAAUAGAGAUGAACCAAAGAUGUCAUACUGCAGCCAUCUACUACUUUGGGGAAAGGCUAGCAUGCUCCCUGUCCCCAUUAUGUUAGGAAUGUUUAGGUCCUACUAGGAGAAAUUAGGGGCCAUAUGCCUGGGCUGAGAGGAGUUACACAGUAGUGACCUUAGAAUAUAACUAAUUCAUCCAGCAAUCAAAAAACUGGGGAAGUUGCUGUCACCUUUCAUUAGUUACAUUCAUAGCAGUAGUUUUGAUGAACUCAUUAAAUCACUUAGCAUUAGGAGAUCAUAUCAUACAAAUCUCACAUGUGGUGAAACACUUUUGAUUUGCAUAUCCUGGGUGUACAUGAGCCAUAUAAUAAGGUGCCAAAAGGUGCUUGAGACAUGAAAAAAAUUCACCUGAACACUCAGURUUGCACUGUGCAUUUAUUUAUUCUGUGGCCAAAAUAGGAACCCACCAGCCUGUCUGCACCAUUUGGUUUGAAAUGGUGAUUGAUUUUUCUUCUUUCUGACUUUGCAUCUCUAGACUCUGAAACUAAAAAGCUGUUAAUAAACCAAUCAAGGGGGAAAAAGUCUUCUGUGGGGUCACUUUAAAAACUACAAGCUUUAGUUGCCACUUGCAAAAUGUGCAAGAAUCAUCUUCAUCAUUUGCUUGUAAAAUAGCACUCAGUAUGUACUUACUCCCUCCCAAAAGUCUGGAAGUGUCUAAGGUAAUAGGGAAGGAAGAGAUGCAGACAAGAAGAGAAGUGAURGGAGAAUGCUGGCUUUCCAUUUACAGUAGCCAAGACGUGAUUGUGGAACGAGAGAUCUUUAAUAGCUGUGAGCUGCUUUGAGAUCGUUGAUCAAAUGGCAUUUUCUACAUAGAAAAUAUUACACUAACCAGAAAAGUGGAGGGAAAGGGGAAUUUGCAUCUUUAUUCUAAUCCACCUAUUCAAAAUUUGCCUCUCAAUUUAAGGAAUUUUUAGACUUAAGAUCCCAGUGAUAUCCCUAGUGCCUAGAAAAGAACAUAGCACAAAGUAGACACGCAACAAAUACUUGCUGGAUGAGUAAAUCUGUUAGACACAGGAGUCUACAAUCUACAGCAGUCCAAAAACUGCCCAAAGAGUGGUCAUCACAGCACAUUUUCCACUGAUUCCCUUUGCUCAAAUCUCUGGUGUUCUCUAUGUCAGGCCCCCUCUUCGGGCAUCUUAUUUAAUUGAGUUAGAGAUAGUAAUUGCUUAGAAAGGCUUGAAACUUUCUUUGCUCCAAGGCAAGAAAUUUCCAGAAUAAAAAUAAAUUCAUUCACUCAAAAAAAUCCUUUGUGUGUCUACUCUAUAUAAGAUACCAUGGUAGAUACUGUGGGAGAUGCAAACAUAUGAAUAAGACACAGUCCUGCCCUCAGAGACCCUGCGAUUUAGUAGGAGGGCCAAUGUUUAAGGCAUGUAGAAUGGAUGUUUCCUGAGGCAAACAUCUAUUCUUUAGCAAACAAAAGUUUCUAGUUCUCUUCAUUCUAUUUUUUCAUAACUUUUUAAAUCUCUAUUUUUCAGUCUUGAUUUCUAUUUUAAAAAUGCCAUAAUCUGCAUCUGUAAGAAAUGAAGAUUUCAGUCAACUAUGUUCAGCAGAAUUAUUAGGUUUUUGUUUCCUUUUUUAUUUAUGCAGUAACAGUAGUAAAAUAUAGGCAACUUUAAUGGAAUAGAAUGCAUCUUGGAUAUCCCAUAAAAUAUUUCUGUAUUGGCUUCUAUUAUGAAAUCUCAUAACCAAGAAGUACUUUCUGACUCAGAGAUUGUUUCUAGAUUGCACACCUGAUGUCCCUAUUGCAUACACAUUUGUAAGCCCUAGACAUUCUCCCAUGGGGGGGGGCGGGUACUCAACUCUAUAUGUCUUAGCUUUCUGAAUUAUUUUUUUAUCAGUCCUCUUUGAUUGUGUUCAACAGAGAUCUAGGAUAAGUAUUGUGAUUGGCCACUAGGUGGCGCUGCCUCACUCAAAAUAUAACAAACCUAAAAAUUCCUGAAAUUUGAGCUAUUGAAUUAUAUUAAAUUAGGGUUUCUCAACCUGGGUAGUAUUGACCUUGGGAGUCUGAUAAUUCGUUGUGGAGGAGGACUGACUAUGGAUUGGAGGAUACUUAGCAGCAUCCCUAGCUUCUACCCUAGGUGCUGUAGCAACCCCAACCGGCUUCCCUUUUGUUGAGAACCACUGUGCUAAACACAUCAGUGCCCUGCUUUCAUAAUUCUAUUAGAAUUCAAUGACAAUGAGAGUCAUUUGAAUAAGAAAUUUUAGUUCCAACRUAACCAAAAUCAGAUUCAUUAUCUUCCCUUUCAUAAACCAUUCCUCAACCAAACUUAAUGAUUUCUAGUAAUGGCACCAUCACGUUCCUCACAAUCAGAAUAAGAAACAUUCAAGUUUUUUUUCUUACUUUUUCCAAUCAAGAAAUUCUAUUCAUCCUAAUUUAUUAUUCCUCUUAUUUUCAGGCUUUCCUUUCCAUUCCCCUACAGUCACCCAGUUCCAACUUUCAUUACUAUCUUAAUUUCCCUCAAUAUUUCUAACUUCAACCAUAAAAGACUUCUAAGUGGUCUUCUUGGCUCUAAUACUGUGGCUUCUUCCUACUCAAAUCCAACCCAGACCCCAACAUCACCUCAUUCUCCCCAAAGUCCUGCUCUACUGACAUUAUUCCCUAAUUUUCRAAUCCCCAAUGGCUACUUGGAGCCAACUCAGGUAGGUACCAGCUGUUCUGUCUCGGGGUAUUCAAGCUUACCCCAUCACCAGAAAAAACACCCAGCACAGUGGAAACACCACACAAGACUUUGCCUUCCAUCCACAUGCCUCUCUCCGACCUUUACCUGGAGGCUGUCUCCACCUCUGGAAAUACUACCUGUUCCAUAAAGUUCAUCUCAAAUGCCACUUCCUCUGUGAAAUAUUUUCUGAUUCCCCAUGCCCCAAUCAAACAGAAUAAUAUCUUUGAAAAUUUGUAGUGAAUUUCAUGGGUCUGGAGGAAGAGAUUACUUUCUACAGUGUUUUCUACAGAACAUAGACUCUAGACACCUGCUGCUCUCUCCCCUGACCCUAGCCCACUUUUGUUUGCUUGUGCUAGAUUUUAGUUACUCAUUGAUAUGGACUGUGUCAGAAGUUUGCCUUUGUGCCUUAUAUGGAGUAGGCACUCAAUAAAUGUUGAUUGACCUAAAUCAAAUUUAAAAUUCAAUGAAAGUCAGUAUGUUUCUACAUACAGUGAUUGAGUAUAUGCAGUGAUUUUAACCAUGGCUGCACAAUUAGAAUCUCCUGUUGUGCUUUUAAAAAUUCCCCACACUCCAAUUUAUUAAGUCAUAAGCUCUGGGGUUGUGACACAAUCUUAGUUUAUAAAGCUUCCCAGUUGAUUCCAAUGAGCAGUCAAGGUUGAGGAGCAUCAUCUUAUUCCCAGGAAUUAGUCUCAGAAACAUCCAAAGAAAUAGAGAUAGCAUAAAGUUGUAGGAUUGAUAUUCGUGCAGAAUAUACUGUGCCCUGGUUGCACAUGCAGUGUGUGCCUGGAACAUAGAAAUAAGUACAUAUGUUGGGUAUGGAACUGCAUGCCUGGAAUCCUAACAGCUUGGGAGGCUGAGGCAGGAGGAUCUAGAGUUCGAAGCCAGCCUCAGCAACUUAGCAACUCAGCAAGACCCUGACUCUAAAUAAAAUAUAAAAAGGGCUGGGGAAAUGGCUCAGUGGUUAAGGCCCCCUGGAUUUAGUUCCUGGUA